UAGUUACUUACAUAUUUAGUUAUAAUAACGGUGGCCACUGUCAAUGUUUAUCUAAUCAUCCCGGGUAUUUUCUUAAUUAUACUUAUGGUGAUUGUGAGGCAUAUACAUGAAAUCGGCCAGGGAUAUCAAACGUUUUGAGGGGAUAACGAGAAGUCCAGUGUUUUCUCACGUGAGCACAACCCUCAAUGGGUUGGACAGUGUGCGGGCCUAUGGGGCGCAGGAGGCCUUUGAGCACCAGUACUAUAUCUACCAAAAUGACCAAUACUGCCACCUGGUUCCUAUUUUGGCCAUAGCCGUCGUGAUGAUGGUAUUCCCCGAACAGAUUGGGAACGGCGGUAGUGCCGGACUGGCCCUCUCGACAGCCCUAAUGAUGGGAGAGACUCAAUGGGCAGUCAAACAGUCACUCAAUUUGAAAAUGACUUCAGUCGAGCGUAUCAUUGAAUACCAGAGACUACCACAGGAGGCGCCGUUAGACUCGGAUGACACACACCGACCCCCACCUGACUGGCCAUCGAAGGGUGAGAUAGAGCUGAGGAAUAUGUUUCUGGUAUACGAGGGCUCAACCAAACCGGUGCUGAAGAACCUGUGCUGUAGUGUGAAGAGUGGCGAGAAGAUAGGUAUAGUCGGACGUACCGGUGCCGGCAAGUCGUCCAUCAUAUCAGCCCUGUUCCGGAUGGUGGAGCCCACGGGUGAGGUGGUGGUGGACAGACAUGUUUUACCACAAGAUCUAUGGGAACAGCGAAACAGUGGUUCAGUGUUUGAAUCCGUGUCACUUUUCACGUGUUCUGUGAAUAACUCUUCAUUAGUGUCCGAUGUAUUCAAUGUUAGUCUUGUGUCCGCUUCAGAGGAAUGUGUCUUCGAGUGGAUAUCCAACGACUCUUCACUGGAAAACCCUUUCCCGCAGUCUUUGUACUCACAGUUAUAG